AUGAUUCAGUCGCCCAGCAACGGGUUUUACUUUCACCCCACUUCCUACUCAGGAACCCCCAUCUCCCCACAGCCAACCGUCCAGUGGGUGAAUCUGCUAAGGACGUGGACAAAUAAUACAGUCAUAUUUGCUGACAGAAUGAAUAUCAGGAGAAUGAAUCCACUGCCGGUUGGUGACCAAGACUGUGAACUGCGCUUCCACAUCUCCAUGAGCAGCUACGGUCAGAGCCUCGGUGAAGGAGUUCCCACGCACCCCUCCGAUGAAUUAACCACGGGCCAUCGCAUAAUCGAAGAGACAGCAUCGGAGAUGGACAGAAAAGGUUUUCAGUUUCUGGAAAAUGGAUUUCACGGAGACUCGGUGCCCAGCAGCGGAACAGUCAAGAAACCCAGAGCGCUGCGGCUGCUUAUCAAUGCUCGUGAACGGAGACGCAUGCACGAUCUUAACGACGCGCUUGAUGACCUGCGAGCGGUCAUACCGUACACACCGAAUCAAACCGUGAAAAAACUCUCCAAGAUAGCGACGCUGCUCCUGGCCAAAAACCACAUUCUGAUGCAAGCUCGGGCCUUGAAGGAGAUGCGGAGGAUAGUUGAGCAGAACGUGACACGGAAUAUUAUGACACCACAUAUAUUGUCAGACUGAGUCUUUAGCGUGUUAUUUAUUUUUUAAUAUGCAGUUAUGAACAAUGUGACCUAUA